AUGGCCACAAUUAAGUCAUCAUUCCUUGUCCGCAAGAGCAACCGUCUGUCUGCCAAAGGUCUUGAAGAAAAGGUCUCAGACGACAGUAAAACAGAUAUUUGCACUGCAAAUCCAACCCCAGUCGCUGAAUGUUCAGUUGGUGAUCAGACGUUUCCAGACAAAGAGCAGAGCCUAAUGUCUACAUUGUUACUGAGAGAUGAUCUGACAAUUGUGUGCAAACGGCUUCUGUCUCCAACAAAAAGAAAGUCUGAUGGUGAAAAUAACAGGUCAGCGGAUUCUGUGUCGCCUGUAAAAUCAUGCCGGCAGUCCCCGUUUGCAGCAAAAAGGAAAUCCGAUGACGAAAAUGAUUCCGCCGGUUCGACUCCAAGAAGAUUGUUUGGGUCACCAAGCAAGUUGACCAGCAAUGAAGAUGGCAGCCCAUUGAAGCAGUUGCUGGGUACGCCAAGAUGCCUCCACACAGCUAAACCAGAUCGUCUCAUAGGGAGAGAUGGAGAGUCUACAGAACUGGAAGAUUUCAUUUGUGACAAACUCGACAGUGGCACCAGCGGCAGCCUGUAUAUAUCUGGGGCGCCUGGCACCGGGAAAACAGUUGUCGUUAACCAUGUCAUUGAUAAACUACGGAGUGAGUAUGAUGACCUACGUACGGGCUACAUCAACUGUAUGACGUUGAGAGACUCCAGCGCAGUCAUUCAACAGAUUCACCAGCAGCUGACAGGCUCACCAGUCAAAGCUAAAGACAGUGUUCGUGCUCUGGAGGUUUUGUUUACCACCUGUGAUGAAUGCAUAGUGCUGGUGCUGGACGAGAUUGACCAGUUGGACAGCAAGCAUCAUGAUAUCCUAUACAGAAUUUUUGAAUGGCCUGCCUUGGAUCACUCAAAACUUGUACUCAUUGGUAUCGCUAAUGCCUUGGAUUUAACCGACCGUGUUUUGCCUCGACUUCAAGCUUCAGAGAGAUGUAGGCCAGCACUGAUGAAUUUCCGUCCAUACUCAUCAGUGCAGAUCACGGAUAUUCUUAAACAUCGUCUUCAAAGAGACUGUGUAGUGGAGCCCAGUGCUGUCAACUUUUGUGCCAGAAAAGUUUCUGCUGUUGCUGGCGAUGUGCGGAAAGCUCUGGAUAUUUGUAGACGAGCUGUAGAAAUGGUUGAAUCUGAAUCUCGAUGUGAACAAGUUCUAAAGCCAGCAGUCACAGUGAAAACCGUGACCAUCUCUCACAUUUCCAAAGUGAUGUCUGAUGUGUAUGGAGCCAGCGUCAGUGCGGCAAACAGCAGCGAGAAUGAUGUUCCUUUACAGCAGAAGCUUGCAGUCUGUUCUUUACUUGUCUUGAUUAAAAAGGGCAAGAUGAAAGAGGUGCAACUGGGAAAGCUCCAUGAGGUUUACACUAAAGUCUGCAGGCACCAGCAGAUGGCUCCAGUAGAUCAGGGGGAAUUCAGCUCAGUAUUGUCUCUGCUAGACUCUCGUGGCAUCAUAACAGUCAAGAAAGCAAAGGACACUAGACUAGCCAAG